UACACCUGCGCCGAGGAUGAGCAAGCGCAAGCACGGGAGCGACGGCGACGACGACGAGUAUACGUACUCGUACUCGUACUCGUACAGCGAUGACGAGGGCGAGGACAAGGGCAAGGGCAAAAACAAGGGCAAGGGCAAGGACAAGAGCAAGAGCAAGAGCAAGAGCAAGAGCAAGGGCAAGGGUAAGGAGAAGGACAAGGGCAAGAGCAAGAGCAAGGACAAGGGCAAGAAAAAGGCAAAGGACAAGGACAAGGGCAAAAAGAAGGCAAAGGCGCUCGACGGCCGCGGGCUCGAUCGGAGCAAUGGCAAUGAUGACGAUGAUGACGACGACGACGAGUUUGUGGCGGACAAUGAGGUGGACGAUGAGUCGGGCAUCGCCGCUGAAGAGGCGCUCGGCGGGCUCGGAGGGGAGGACGAGAUCAAGGGCCUGGAGGACGAGGCCAACAUCCCCAUCGAGGUGCUCCGUGCGCGCUACGCAGCCAUGGCCGAGGCUCACAUCAACGACGACGACAGCGACGGCAAGAGCGACGACGAUGCCGAAGAGUACGAUGAGGACGAAGAGUUUGUUGACGAUCAUGAGCUCGACGAUGAAACCGGCAUCGCCGAGGCCGAGGCCGAUCUCGCUGCCGAGGACGUUGCCGCCGAGCUCAAUGAUCUCAAUGAGGAGGCGCGCCUUUCAGUCGAAGAGCUCCGCCGCAAGUACGGCAUGGCGUAGCGUUGUAAAGAUCCCCCCCUCCACC